UAGGGACCGGGACACGGGCUGCCAGGCAAGGAGCCAGCAUGGAUCCCAAUUCCCGUGGAGCCCUGGACCGACAGCAGCUUCGCCUUCGAGAUCGACAGAAAUUCUUUGAGGAAGUUUUCCAGCCAGACUCAGAAUUCUUCUUCCCUCUAUCUCAUCUUCACCUUGAGUCCCGGAGACCUCCCAUUGGCAGCAUCUCUUCCAUGGAAGUGAAUGUGGAUACCCUAGAGCAGGCUGAACUGAUUGACUUUGGGGACCCGGAUGCUUCCGAUGUGUUCCUGCCCAGUGAGGAGCUCCCACCAACUCCACAGCCACCUACCAUAUCUGGUAUAAGUGACCCCCCAGAAGAGCUGAACCUGCAGAUGCCCCCAUCAGACAGGACCAUGUCAAGGACCUCCUCUUCUUCUUCUUCCACUGAACUUAAUAGCCCAGACCUGCUUGGAGAUGGAGUGGACACACCUUUGGCACAGUCUGAUGAGGAAGAUGGUGGUGCAGAGCCUGCAGCCUGCAGCUAGCAGUGGGUGCUUCCUUUUGGACUGAACUACGUGGGGCCUGGUCACUUCCUAAUUUAGGACUCCAGCCCCUGCUUGGAGCCUUUGGAGAGAAGGCCAGUCCCUUCCCGAGCAGUUGGCACUAGAGGGAGAAGACAAGGAUGACAAACCCUUCCAGAAAUUAACUCUCUCCUGCUUUUCUGCUAAUGCUUGCCAGCCUCCACUGCAUAUAUCCAACUCCUGACGUAUGUAGGCAGCACUUGAAUUAGGGGGAUGUGGGAAAAGGUGGAAGGUAAGGUGGGGCACCUCCAUACCAUAUUUCAGAGGGGUCAUCAAAACCACCCUGAUCUCUUUUUAGUGGACUUGGCCAAGAGGACUUGAGGAUGUAAAUAUGCCACCCCACUUCCUUCCUUCUCUCAGUGAAAUGCUCCAAACCAUCUCUCUCCUUUAUUCUCCUACUGAAAUGAUAAAUCAACCAUCCUGCUUUCUGAUUUCUCUGACUUAUGCUUCACUAAGCUUCCCACCAUAUUGAAAAGCCAUCCUAAACCAUCCCUGCUUGACUUUUUGUGUCUCUUUAAGCACAGCCGGUGGGGUCCAGGAUGGUCACUUCCUAGUCUUAGCUACAGACCUGCUCUUACCCUGAAGAGACAGAACCUUUCCAGCUCAGUGUGAGGUCAAUAGCCGCCAUAUGGCCAACAGCCGCUCACCGUCUAUGGAAGGGUGGCGUGUUUGGACAAAGCUUAGCAGCCCCUCUUGGCUCCGGGAAGGUUGGGACCUGGAUCCUUUGUCCCCAGCCGGCAAACCUUGGUGCUGAGACCAUCUACUGUGCAGCCAGUGGGGCAGUGGCCGUCCCCUCUAUCAGCAGGGUCCGCACUUAUGUUUCUCUUGGGCCUAGAUCUCCCUUCAGGGGGCGCUUUUAAAGGCAGUCUCUCCUCUCAAACUGACCACUCAUUGUUUCAUCACCCACUCAUAGCAGGGCCAGCGCCUGUGGUCUGACUAGGACCAUAUAAUUAAUUAUAGGAUCUAGAACUAAAAGGCACUUUAGGUCACAUAGUCCAACUCCUUUAUUUUACAGAUAGAGAAACUGAAGCCCAGAGCCAUUAAAGUGACUUGUUCAAGGCUACUCGGGUAGUAAGUAGUAGGGGUGUACCUCUUCCCAGGCAGGUGUCAGCGAGCUCGGUGCCCAGUGCCUCGCAGCUUCUGCUCCACAGCUCAGCUUUGGUGCCUCCCUCUGCUGCCAUUUGCCAUGGGGUUCUCCUUGUGGAUUGCUGGAGACCAGCAUGUGUGGGCUGCUGCCACGGCAGACAUGAGGUUAAUAAAUCUUUUGAUUCUGGC